AUGUCGUCCGUAAAUAGAGGUGCAGCGAACGUCAACAGACGCAAGCGAUCACGCGAACCAGAUGAUGAUGUGCCUACUUCUUCGGCAAUGCCCCCCUCGAGCCCACCCGCGUCUUCUCCGCCCCUCCUGCCUCAAAACGAUGACGAUGACGAGGCCGACGAGGUGGAAGACAUUCUUGACGCCGACGACGAGCUCAUGGGCGACAUUGACGACGCCGACGAAAUGGCCGAAGACGAAGCCGGCAUUGACCUCUUUGGCGGCAACUUUGAACGCGACGAAAGGGAUCGCGAGAACAACUUCUACCGAGGCGCAAUGCUUGACGACGAGGGCGACCACGAGGAGCUGGACAUCGCCACGAGACGGCAGCUCGAAGCGCGCUUGAACCGCCGCGAUAGAGAGGUCGCCCGAGCGCGCAACCUGCCGAACGCGUUUAUGCCGGACGAAGACGACGACAUGGUCGAUCUCACCAGACAGCCGAGACGUCGGAGGCAUCGUUAUGACGAAGAUGAGGACGAUAUGGAUCUCGAUGCGAACAUCAUGGACGAAGAGCUCACGCUAGAGGCAUUGCAAGACGUCAAAGCGGCCAGUCUCACAGACUGGGUCGCUCAGCCGGCUGUACGCAAGACGAUUGCUCGGGAGUUCAAAUCUUUCCUCACAGAAUACACCGACGAGCACGGAGUCUCAGUUUACGGUACACGCGUGCGAACCCUGGGUGAGGUCAAUGCGGAGUCCCUAGAGGUCUCCUUUGAUCAUCUCGCGGAGUCCAAGGCUACACUGGCGUACUUUCUUGCAAACGCCCCGUCAGAGAUACUCAAGAUUUUCGAUGAGGUCGCUAUGGACGUUACACUGCUCCACUAUCCCGACUAUGAACGCAUUCACUCCGAGAUCCACGUCCGUAUCACAGAUCUCCCGGUCCAGUAUACUCUCCGCCAGCUGCGUCAAAGCCACCUAAACUGUCUCGUCCGUGUCAGCGGCGUGGUAACGCGCCGCAGCGGUGUCUUCCCCCAGCUGAAGUACGUCAUGGUCAACUGCACCAAAUGCGGCGCGGUCCUAGGCCCCUUCCCGCAAGAAUCCAACGUCGAAGUUAAAGUCUCCUUCUGCCAAAACUGCCAAAAGCGGGGCCCCUUCACCCUCAACUCUGAGCGGACCGUUUACCGCAACUACCAAAAGCUCACGCUGCAAGAAGCGCCCGGCACCGUGCCCGCCGGCCGCCUCCCCCGUCACCGGGAAGUGAUCCUCCUCUGGGACCUCAUUGACUCCGCGAAGCCAGGCGAAGAAGUCGAAGUGACAGGCGUAUACCGCAACAACUACGACGCGCAGCUGAACAACAAAAACGGGUUUCCCGUCUUCGCAACCAUCCUCGAAGCAAACUACGUGGUAAAAUCGCACGACCAGCUCGCGGGCUUCCGCCUCACGGAGCAAGACGAGCGCGACAUCCGCGCGCUGUCCAAAGACCCCCGCAUCGUCGACAAAAUUAUCAACAGCAUCGCGCCCAGCAUCUACGGCCACACGGACAUCAAGACCGCCGUGGCGCUCAGCCUCUUCGGCGGCGUCAGCAAAGAAGCCCAAGGCAAGCAUGCCAUACGCGGCGACAUCAACAUCCUCCUCCUCGGGGACCCCGGAACCGCAAAAUCGCAAGUCCUCAAAUACAUCGAGAAGACCGCUCACCGCGCCGUCUUCGCAACCGGCCAGGGCGCCAGCGCCGUCGGUCUAACUGCCAGCGUGCGCCGUGAUCCCCUAACAAGCGAGUGGACGCUCGAAGGCGGCGCGCUGGUGCUCGCAGACAAGGGCGUCUGCCUGAUCGACGAGUUCGACAAGAUGAACGACCAGGACAGGACCAGCAUCCACGAGGCCAUGGAGCAGCAGACCAUCUCGAUCUCCAAGGCCGGCAUCGUCACGACGCUGCAGGCUAGAUGCGCGAUUGUGGCGGCGGCCAAUCCGAUCGGCGGGAGGUAUAAUAGCACCGUGCCGUUUAGCCAGAACGUCGAGCUCACGGAGCCGAUCUUGUCGCGCUUCGACAUCCUGUGUGUGGUUAGGGAUACGGUUGACCCUGCCGAGGACGAGCGGCUGGCGAAGUUUGUCGUAAAUUCGCAUGGGAGGGCGCAUCCGGUUUCGAAUGCGGCGGCGGGCCAGCGACCGGGCUCUCGUGCAGCGGCGAAUGGGGAGGGCAGCAUGGAGGUUGAUGGGGAGAGCCAGCAGCAGCAGAAGCAGGAGGGCGAGAUCCCGCAGGAGCUGCUGCGGAAGUAUAUCCUCUAUGCGCGCGAGAAGUGCAGGCCGAAGCUGUAUCAGAUCGAUCAGGAUAAGGUGGCGAGGCUGUUUGCGGAUAUGCGAAGGGAGUCGCUAGCCACGGGGGCGUAUCCUAUCACUGUCCGCCACUUGGAAGCCAUCAUGCGGACCUCCGAGGCUUUCUCUAAGAUGCGGCUGUCCGAGUACUGCAGCGCGCAGGACAUCGACCGCGCCAUCGCUGUUGCGGUUGAUAGCUUCGUCGGCUCCCAGAAGGUCAGCUGCAAGAAGGCGCUCGCCAGGGCGUUUGCAAAGUAUACGCUCGCUAGGCCUGGGGCGAUCAGGAGUACUGGUGGAGGUAGGUAUGGAGGGACGUCCAGAACUACGAGGGUGGCCGCUUAG